UGAAGAGGCUGUGGUGGAUCAGGGUGGGACCAGUACAAUCCUCAACAUUCACUAUGAGAAAGAGGAGUUGGAAGAUAGCACCCAAAGCAUAGACUGGAAAGAAUGACUGGAAAGAAAGAAUGGGGAAUUAGAUGGGGAGAAGGCGGAGUCCGGGUGAGUUGGUCAUAGAACUCUGUAUGUGGGGGUUCGGAUGCCGCUGGGCCGGCAGAGCCAUCGCCAUCACCGAACGCAUGGCCAGAAGCACCGGAGGCGAGGGCGGGGCAAAGGAGCCAGCCAGGGGGAGGAAGGCCCAGAGGCCCUGGCCCACGAUACACCAUCUCAGCGUGUUCAGUUCAUUCUUGGCACUGAGGAGGAUGAAGAGCAUGUGCCUCAUGAGCUGUUCACAGAGCUGGAUGAGAUCUGUAUGAAAGAGGGAGAAGAUGCUGAGUGGAAGGAGACAGCUAGGUGGCUGAAGUUUGAAGAGGAUGUUGAGGAUGGGGGUGAACGCUGGAGCAAGCCUUAUGUGGCAACCCUGUCACUGCACAGUCUCUUUGAGCUAAGGAGCUGCCUUAUUAAUGGAACAGUCCUUCUGGAUAUGCGUGCAAAUAGCAUAGAAGAAAUUUCAGACCUGAUCCUGGACCAGCAAGAACUGUUCAGUGACCUGAAUGACAGCAUGAGGGUUAAAGUACGAGAAGCCCUGCUCAAAAAGCAUCACCAUCAGAAUGAAAAAAAGAGAAAUAACCUCAUUCCCAUUGUUCGCUCUUUUGCUGAGGUUGGCAAGAAGCAGUCUGAUCCACAUUCGAUGGAUAAAAAUGGUCAAACUGUGUCUCCUCAGUCUGUUCCCACUACAAGUCUUGAAGUAAAAAAUGGAGUGAAUUGUGAACACAGUCCUGUGGAUUUAAGCAAGGUGGAUCUUCAUUUCAUGAAAAAAAUUCCCACUGGGGCAGAGGCCUCAAAUGUCCUGGUUGGAGAGGUGGAUACUCUGGACCGCCCCAUUGUUGCCUUUGUGAGGCUAUCUCCAGCUGUUCUUCUCUCGGGCCUGACCGAAGUGCCCAUCCCAACCAGAUUUUUGUUUAUCCUAUUGGGUCCAGUAGGGAAAGGUCAGCAGUACCAUGAGAUUGGCAGAUCCAUGGCUACCAUCAUGACUGAUGAGAUUUUUCAUGAUGUGGCAUAUAAGGCGAAAGAGCGGGAUGAUCUCCUGGCGGGGAUUGAUGAGUUCCUGGAUCAGGUCACGGUUUUGCCUCCAGGGGAGUGGGACCCCUCCAUUAGAAUUGAACCACCCAAAAAUGUCCCUUCCCAGGAGAAAAGGAAAAUGCCCGGAGUCCCAAAUGGAAAUGUUUGCCACAUAGAACCAGCACCACAUGGGGGCCACAGCGGGCCAGAACUUCAGCGCACCGGGCGGCUCUUUGGGGGCUUGAUAUUGGACAUCAAGCGGAAGGCCCCCUGGUACUGGAGCGACUACCGGGACGCACUCAGCUUACAGUGUUUGGCCUCCUUUCUGUUCCUGUACUGUGCCUGCAUGUCACCUGUCAUCACCUUUGGGGGAUUGCUCGGAGAAGCCACUGAGGGGCGCAUAAGUGCAAUUGAAUCCUUGUUUGGAGCCUCCAUGACUGGGAUUGCCUAUUCCUUGUUUGCGGGACAGGCUCUCACCAUCCUGGGAAGUACGGGGCCAGUGCUUGUAUUUGAAAAGAUUUUGUUCAAAUUCUGCAAAGACUACGCUCUUUCAUACCUCUCCCUGCGAGCUUGUAUUGGACUGUGGACCGCCUUCCUGUGUAUUGUCCUUGUGGCGACUGAUGCCAGUUCCCUUGUCUGUUACAUUACCCGCUUCACAGAAGAAGCGUUUGCCUCCCUGAUUUGCAUUAUUUUCAUCUAUGAAGCCAUAGAAAAGCUGAUUCACCUGGCAGAGACCUACCCCAUCCACAUGCACAGCCAGCUGGACCACCUUAGCCUGUAUUACUGCAGGUGUACUCUCCCAGAAAACCCCAACAAUCAUACCCUACAGUACUGGAAGGACCACAAUAUCGUGACGACAGAAGUCCACUGGGCCAACCUGACCGUUAGUGAAUGCCAGGAGAUGCAUGGAGAGUUCACGGGAUCUGCGUGUGGCCAUCAUGGGCCCUAUACUCCUGACGUGCUCUUUUGGUCCUGCAUUCUCUUCUUCACCACCUUCAUCCUCUCGAGCACCUUAAAGACAUUUAAGACAAGCCACUACUUCCCAACCAGAGUACGCUCCAUGGUGAGUGACUUUGCUGUCUUCCUCACUAUCUUCACAAUGGUGAUCAUUGACUUUUUGAUUGGAGUCCCAUCACCAAAACUUCAAGUUCCCAGUGUGUUCAAGCCAACAAGGGAUGAUCGAGGGUGGAUUAUUAGCCCCAUUGGCCCCAAUCCCUGGUGGACUGUGAUAGCUGCAAUUAUCCCAGCUCUUCUCUGCACUAUCUUAAUAUUCAUGGACCAGCAGAUCACAGCUGUCAUCAUUAACAGGAAGGAACACAAGCUCAAGAAAGGUUGUGGUUACCACCUGGACCUGCUGAUGGUGGCCAUCAUGCUGGGUGUCUGCUCCAUCAUGGGCCUGCCCUGGUUUGUGGCUGCAACUGUCCUGUCCAUCACACACGUGAACAGCCUCAAACUAGAAUCUGAGUGCUCUGCUCCUGGAGAACAACCCAAGUUCUUGGGCAUCCGAGAACAGAGAGUGACAGGCCUUAUGAUCUUUGUGCUGAUGGGCUGCUCAGUCUUCAUGACAGCCAUAUUAAAGUUUAUCCCAAUGCCAGUACUCUAUGGAGUUUUCCUCUACAUGGGAGUUUCCUCACUACAAGGAAUUCAGUUCUUUGACCGUCUGAAGCUCUUUGGGAUGCCUGCAAAGCACCAGCCAGAUUUUAUCUACCUUCGACACGUGCCCCUGCGCAAAGUGCACCUCUUCACCCUCAUCCAGCUCACCUGCCUGGUCCUGCUCUGGGUCAUUAAGGCAUCUCCAGCUGCCAUUGUCUUUCCAAUGAUGGUUUUGGCAUUGGUCUUCGUCAGGAAAGUCAUGGAUCUCUGUUUCUCUAAACGAGAGCUGAGCUGGUUAGAUGAUCUCAUGCCUGAAAGUAAAAAGAAGAAGUUGGAUGAUGCCAAAAAGAAGGCCAAGGAGGAAGAGGAGGCUGAGAAAAUGUUAGAAAUGGGGGGAGACAAAUUCCCCUUAGAGAGCAGGAAGUUACUAAGUAGUCCUGGAAAGAACAACAGUUUCAGAUGUGACCCCUCUGAGAUUAAUAUAUCUGACGAAAUGCCUAAAACUACAGUCUGGAAAGCUCUCAGUAUGAACUCUGGAAAUACAAAGGAAAAGAGAACUGCCACCCGUGAAGACCCAGCUUCCCAUCUUCCAGACAUUUUCUCUGAAACUCUCUGCUGGCGUGCAGAGCCAUAUGGAUCCAUUCUGCCACCGACGAUUCCUUCAGUGAGCUCCCUCUUCCUAAAGGAUGGGGCGGGGGAGUAGGAGGAGAGCAGAGAGAAAAGGGAAGACUCUCCAGUCCCGGAGAACCUGCAGGCGCCGAGGCAGGCCUUGGUUUGAUGCCUCCUCUGGGGGAGGCUGAUCAGACCCAGAGGCUGUCAGGAGGGUCUGCCACUAGGAGGUCAGGGACCUGGGCAUUGGCAGGGCCCACCACCGCGGCCAGAAGAUGCCUCUGCCCCAGGCGCGUCUGUAUCGCUCGCUAGCAUAGCAGCCCGCGUAACUUGGCAAGAACCUUGGAUGAGGACAGGGCCACGAGGGACCCUGGAGUUGCGUAGCUCAGACAGGAAAAAGCUCGGGGGAAAAUCAGUAAUGAUCAGUGCGGAUGAGCAGCUUCUCUUGGUUUCACUGAGGAUGGGCUAAGAGAAUGAACUUCAGUUGCUACAGAAGGAGUUGGUUUAGACACCAGGAAGGGCUUCCUGGCCCGAAGAUUUGUCAUAGUAUCUGCUUUCUAGACAUCUGGGAAAGGUUUGAUAAUAGUUGUUUGUGAGUAGAAAGGGAGAUAAGGUGUUUUUAUUGGCCAUGUUGUGGAAACAUCCACGUUUUGCUGCUGUCUCUUGAGGAUACAUUCUGAUUCCACUCCAGGAGAGAUCCAAGUGCUUACGUAAUGUCUCCUUAGCUGCCUUAGUAGCGAACCAUCAUCAACUCAAUGGACCAAAACCACCUUCAGCCAUGUGGUUUCUCCAUCAUCGUGAGUUUCUUUUGGUUGACAAAUGUUUUGGCUCUCAGAUGUAAAAAGCCACACUGGGAAAUGAACUGUAAGUGGUGAAAUCAAUUUUGGUAUUUGGUUGAAAACUGUAUUUAUAGUUUUUCUCUUCUCUUCUCCGUUGUGAUGAGUAUCAAGGGUUUGGGCUCCAGUGUGUCUAGGUCUUCCCUUCUUUUGUGAACAGAACGUGACAAGUGUGUCAGUACCCAGGGAAUUGGAUCACAUCCGUUUUCCGUCCCGGAAAACCUUUGUACAGUGGGAUGUUCCCACGGGUUGCUCUCCUUUUAUAGGUGAAGAGUUGGUGACAAAACUUUAUUGAAUUUCGCAUUCCUUGGACUCUUAAAAUAUAUCCGUGUAGUCUAGUCUUACUCUGAGGACCUUUGAAAUUGAAGGAACCCUGCAUUUCUUGAACAUUUCCCCAUCCCCAGAACCACACCUAUUUUAAUACACAGAUGAUUUUCAGACUAUUGAACAACUGGUACAGGAUGGACGCCAACCACUCAGAACGGAUGCCGGCUAUAAACAGGCAGCUAUGCGUGGCCAUACCACUGCCUGUGGGCUGGGCGCCACGCUGCUUUCAAACGUCAAAACCAUAUCCCUUUGAAUUGUGGGUAUUGUUCCUGGUUUGUCGGAUUUCUGCUCCCAAGGCCGUUUUAGGGACAGCCUUGGCUUCCCUUUAUAUGGUGCAGACGGGAACAGGCAUGCAUCUUUGAACCAUAUGGGCAUUAAAAUCUCUGCGAGCCAAAGCUUCACCUUUUAUCACUUUGGGAGAAAUAUAAUGAUUGUACCCAUUUACCUACCUAAUGGAGAAAAAUCAAAAGGCAACCUGUCAAUAGGAAGAGCUCUCCUGCUGACUUGCCCCUUUCUCUCUCUGGCUGCUUCCUUGGGCUUGCCUCUUUCUUCCCCUUCCUUGUUCCCUGAGAGCCCUCCCACUUUCCCCCUCCCUCCUGCCCCUCCUGUCUUUUCCUGCCACCCCUGUGGGGGCAGGUUGGUGACUGCUUCUCCUGUUCCCUGAGCCUCAGCACAGCUGUAAGGAAUGUGGUGGGGGAAAGCCUUUCAUACAACAAGUUAGGUGACACUACCACUCAGAGAAACCUCUCUCCUAAUGGUCGAUGUCUCACGAUGCCUUGUAUACGCUAGGCCUCUCGAGAGCAGAAAACCUGUCUUCGUUAACUGUGUGCAGGGCAGUCACAGGACCACGUGUGUACCUCCAGUCCUUCCGGAGCCAGACCCUCCCAGGUUCCUGUGCCUUAGGAACAUUAGUUACUUUGGAAGCCUGUGCCUAUCCUUUUAGGCCAUUACAUCUUUCUCAAGCAAUAGCCAGCCUCAUUUCUGCUGCAUCUCAGUGGUAGAAACCAUUCCCUACUCUUAUUGUCUCUCUUUUCCCAACUCCCACCAAACGCCCAGCCCCAGUCCUACCCGAAUGCUUCCUCACUUAUGUCUGUGGCUGGUGGCCAUGGUGGCAGAGGCCAGCUGGGCAGGGUUUGGGGUAGGGAAAUGGGAGUGGAGGUGAGUAUGUGUGUGUGUUCAUGUGUGUUCAUCGGCAAAUGCAAGUGGUGUGCCCCUAAGAUGUCCUUGCUGCUAUUAAAUGGCUCUAGGUACCUAAGCUGGGGGGGGGGGCACAUGAAAAAAUAUGAUCAUUCUCCUAUCUAGGGUUUCUCAGAGUUCUCUGAUAGAAUAGCUUGACGACAAAUACAGGCAGAUUAGUCUAUAGGAAAGGUGUUUAAACUCAACGUUAAGGAGAAACUGACUUAGGGGUAGAAAGCAAGGCAGGUAGUUUGCUUGGGCCAGAGAGGCAGUCCACCUCUUUUAUGACAAGGGAGAUUUCAGGAAUGGUUUGAGUAUUGGCAGGCCAGUGCCCUGAUGGGCUGGUCGUGUUGAGGUAGGAAGGGAGGGAGGCCAGGGGGUUAAGAAAGUGAUGGUAGGUGAAAUCUUGGUUCUAGUGGUAAGAACGGGUGUUGAGGAGUGGUCCUAGCUUAUGACUUUGAGGGGAAGGGUUGGUCUAGAGAGAAGGGGAAGACCGGCAAUAUGCCGUGAACUUGCCAAAUCUGUUCGGUUGCAUAAAACACAGGCUAGCUCUUUGUGACUAUUUAUGAUUUCCAACUUCUGAUGAUGGGGUCAUCAGGAGAUCCGGUCUUUAUGCAUACAGCUCCUGUCCCCACCUCCUUAGUCAUAUAAAUUUGCCUUUGGGAUAGAGAGGUAGUGAACCAUUUAUUCCAAAAGGUGGCAUGAAUAGCUGCUCUUUCUCUUUGUCUGGGAUGUAACUGGCUUUUAAACUAGUCAUAAAUGUUUGAUAAAAGUCUGGUAAAUGCUAAGUCUCAGGCGGGGUUGACAUCUCAGGCUAUGACAAUGGUGACCUUCAAGAGGUCUCUGAUUUUAGGAAUCUGUGCUUUCUGGUCAUCCAGAAAAGACAAUUCCCAGUUUUACUUAAUUUUCUACUUACUCAGCUCUCUGGACUUCCCUCUCAGUGGAGAAAUCAGCUGUUCUCCCUGCAUCUUCUCUAUCAACUUCACUGUCUAUGUUCUGAGUCUCUAUGUUUUCCUGAAGCAUAGGAGAAGGUGUGACCCCAGGGCCCUUGGCUUUCCUUUUAACUAGCAUCAGAAGUCCCAUCCACUCUGUUCUCUCUGCUACUAUAUCAGCCUCUCUAAAUUUCUUCUUCUGCAAGAGUGUUAGCACCUCCUCCUAGGACUUUUAAGCAGUCUUUCUAGUUUGUCACUGCAUUUUCCUUGGACUUCUCAGGUUCCCGAGCCACAUCCUGGCAGGACAUUCAGGAACCCUGCACUGCAUGUUCUCAGCCUUCCUGACUUUCUUUUGGUUGCAGCUGUCAGGCCUCCAUGACGUAUAAAUCCUUCCUGCGGGCCCUGACCAGCCAAAUGAGGCAUCCUCCAAGUUCCGCCCCUUUUACUGACUCAACUUUCUCUGGCAGCCUUUCUUCUCCUUCUGCCUGGUCUUUCAAGUUCUCCUCGGAGGGCUGACAUUCUCGGUCAGGGGUCCUCAAGGCCACCACCAGUCGGGGGUGGUGACAGAGGUCAGGAGGUUGGAUGGUUCUGGGGCUCCUCGGAAAGGGGAUUUUAUGAUUAUUUUCCUUACCUGGUGUGAGGGACUAAGGAUUCUCAAACCCUCAAGCUCAGCCAUAUUUCAGGGUAAACAAGAAAAGACACCCCAAAAGCAAACCAGAGUGGUUUUUCUACCAAACCUAUUCUUUUUGAUUCUUGGUGCCCUUGUUUUCGUACCUUAAUUGUAGAGAAUGGGCAUUUGACUCAGUUAACACUUCUUUACUGGAAAGGAGGCUAAUUUUCAUAACCAAAAGAGGUGUGAAGGAACCAUAUCACUGCUUGAAGCAUGAGAAGAGGAAAGGAGCGUUAUGUGGAUCUCUUCAACAGGAAAAGUCAGAAAGUAGAAUGAUUCAUCCAUAGGCAUAAUUCCUUUAGGAGGUUCUGUGCUCAAAAGGGAAUGGAAUGGUUUCUGAUCCUUCUGAAAAGAAAAGGAAUAGCCUUUGUAUUAAACCUAACCUACUUUCAGCAUUGGAGAACACAGAACUUCUUCUUCUAGCUGAUGGCAUUAAUAUUUCCUGAGAGAGAGACCCCCCCCCCCGCCCCGCCAGCACUCUUCCAAGCCCCUCAGACAUCAGCAGAGCUUAGGCUUUUCUUAGCGGGUUCGUGAAUGACUCCAGCAGGCAGGUUCUCACACAGGCAACAAUGUUGGAAACUGAAGUACCAAACUGAAUGUGCGAUUACUCCUUUUGCAAAAGAGGCCAAAAUCUUCCCCACUCCUGUCUCCCAUAUUCACUCCUCCAAGAUGAUAAGCCUCCCUCAUGUGUAUCCGUGUCUGUCUGUGUGAUGGGUUAGAUAUGGCUGCCCGGAGCUAAUGGCGUCAGGUGGAGAGCAGAUCACCCUUCCCACAGAAGGGGACAGCUUGAGGUGCUGGUACAUUUCCCCUGGUUUUCUAUGUUCUUCUUUCUAGUAGGUCUCAUGUAGAGAUAGAGAUAUUUUUGUUUUAGAGAUUCCAGAAUCUAUAUUUUUAGUGUAAGAAAUGUACCCUCUCCACACUCCACGGUGUAAAUAGAGCCGAGAACAAACGUGUUGUGAUAAUCCCGUAGCAAUCUGUGGUAGGAACGGGACCCUGUCCCUUGCCCCCGAGUCCCGCCCACGGUCUGCGUCUGUGAACCAGGGCAGGCGACCGCGGCACCUCUGCCCAGGCCUUCCUGUGCUCAAUGGGGGGAAAAUAAAGUCUGUGUAAACUCUUCA